CCAAUUUUGGUCAUUAGGGCUUGGAACUGGUGCCGGGAAGAUGGCUUGGUUGAGGGGAAUCCUGUUUGGGCUUCAGUUUCUGGUGCUUUUUCUGUGGUGUCUUCCUUCUCCUGCCAAGUGUGGUCCUGUGGGAAAAUUAUUUCCACCCUCGCCGUCACCAUCGCCGGCACCCAAGCCCCUAAAGCCGACGUACAACGUCUCGGUUGAAGGUGUUGUCUACUGUAGAUGCAAGCUCCCGGGCUAUCUUAAGCCCAAGGAUGCUUCGCCUCUUCCCGGUGCACCGGUGAACUUAAAAUGUGGCAAGCUAUCUGUGAGCGGGAAGACGGAUACCAGAGGCUACUUCUUGCUCGAUGCUAAAUUUCCUUUACUCGACGAAAAACUGAUGAAGAGAUAUGUGGCCAAGUGGUGCAAGGUCUACGUGGUGUCGACACCAUUGCCGGCGUGCAUCGUGCCGGAAUUCCUUGGACCCAAAGGGAAGGGAGCUUCUGUAUACUAUGAGAGGAACUUGGUGGCCGGGUCCGGCUACGUGGCACUCUUCUCUGCAGGCUUCUUGGAGCUCGGCCCGGCUAGCUCUAAGAUGUGUCACACUUGAAAGAGUGUUUGAUAUUAUUGCUUUCCUGUUGAUGAUUUAGCAAGUGCCCUGGUUGGGAAAAUAAAGCUGGCGCCUGAAAAGCUGGUUGUUGUAGGAACAAAAGUUUGGAUUUCAUUAACUUUCUGUUAGCUUUUGCUACAUGUUGUUAGUGUUGGGAUUAGAUUUCCAUAAAUUUCAUGCAUGGUUAGUUUAACCUUCCACAGUU